AUGGCAACUAGAAACGAGCAUGAGCACGAGCUUCUAGGUUCAGACCAGGAGGAUAUUACUCUUGCAGAGCUAGUUCCUUCAUGCCCUCCAUCACCCGUUGUUGAUCAUGAAAUGGGCUCGGAGCAUGCAGAUGAUAUAGACGACACUGUUUUGCACGAAACAACGCCCGCACUAAAUGAUCCCCAUAAAACGAAUCUAGUGAACAACUCGGCUACGCAUCCUCUUAAACAGAGACAGAGAGUAGUAGAAAGGCCCGGUUUCAGUCCCAUAUAUAGGGUUUGGGCGCUUGAAAUUGCCUCCAUUGGAAUCAGUACAUUACUUCUUGUCGCGAUCAUCGUGGUUCUUGCUCGGUUCGACGGCAACAGCUUGCCAGAAUGGCCACUAGCAGUUACACUCAACACCCUCAUCGCCCUCUUGGUCACUGUUGCCAAAGCAGCAUUCAUGGCCCCAGUAUCCGUGGCUAUAAGCCAGGGCCAGUGGGGCUGGUUCUUGCAAGAGAGACCGCUUUACGAUUUUCACGUUUUCGACCAGGCGAGCAGGGGUCCCUGGGGCUCUCUCGUGUUUCUGAAACGGAUUCAUGUUAGGCACUUCACAAGCAUUGGAGCCUUUCUAAUGGUUGUGAGCAUCCUAUCGUCUCCCCUUACUCAAUUUGCAAUUAGCUACCCAGUGAGAGCUGUGGCCGUUGCAGGGGAAGCCAAUGUUGGGAUCACUCGAUCCAUUUUCGCCUCGUGGUAUAGAUUAGACCUUGUCAUCUAUAACGCGAUAUAUGCAGCAACAGCAUUGGAUACCACUGACUUUUCGAGUCCCAUUGAGCCGCAGGGGGCUUCAUGCUCCACUGGAAAUUGCACAUUUGAGAACUAUCACUCGCUUGGUGUUUGCCUGAAAAGAGCCAAUAUCUCUUCACUUUUACGUGUCGAACGACUCGAAGAUAAUAAUUCAACAGGGUUACCACUUUAUCAAAACUCCACACAAUAUCCCUCGUUUUUACUCCCUAAAGGUGGUGAAAUUUGGAAGGCCUCUCUUCCCGGUGGCCCAGCUCUGGUCGACCAAAAUGCUUUCUCGUUAAUCACAGAUCAUAUAAAUGGGAGUAAAAGUAUUGGUUUCCAAGACAAUGAGGAUUUACUACGAACAAGGGUCGCAUCCAUAGUGCUGAUCUAUGGAAAGCCAAUCAUGCACAAAAGUCCAUGGGAGGACGGGCUCAACGACGACUACGAUAUAACUCUCAAAAUGGCGAUGGAUUCAACGGAUGGAAUUCAGUACGAGGCUUUGGAAUUUUUGUUCCACGUUUGUGUGCAAUCGUAUCAAACGAUUGUACAGUCGGGCAAGGAAACUACUCAUCUCAUAGAAUCUAGUACCCGGCCACUUGACAAAGAACCUGGGCCAUUCCUAGAUUUGAACUGCACCUCUAUACUGGAUGCAUUGUCCAGAACUUGUUUGUUCAAUGAGCUACGAUGGAAUGACACAAUGUAUCUGGAGGCCCCUUUACCUAGAGAAAAGGGCCAAGACGCUUCUAUCAGCGACGAAAGAUUCGGGAUCGAUUACUCUCCAUUGGAAGCCACUGCCAUAACACUUAUAGCUGCACUCCAAGGCCAUCUGGCUGUGUCCUAUAACCCGUCGAGUUCAGAAGAUCCUAUCAUAGUGAACAACGGAGGUACUUUUGCAUAUCAUCUCUUCCUCAAUGCCAUCUUCUCGCCCGAUGCAUUGAGAAGCACCUCUGAGCGUGAUAACCGUAUUUUGAACAUGUUCACGAACGUUGCCACACUCAUGUCACAACGAAUGCGAGCCACCCACUCGAAUAGAUCUCGUGAAAAUAAUGCGAAUUUCACAGGCCAGGCUUGGAGAGAGGAAUCUUACGUGCGAAUCAAUUGGGGUUGGGUGUCAUUUUUGACUGUUGAGACAGCGCUUGCCGCUGGAUUUCUAGCCAUCACCAUAAAAUCACAAUCGUCACAGUGGCGAUCUCGUAAAACGGGGGGGCCUCUAAUCUAUGAGGACGCCAAGGAUUCUUCACUAGCUUUACUUGUCGCUCUCAGGCCUCGAGCUAGAGAGUUGAUGGGCGAGGGGCUCCGUCCUGUUGAUGAGCUGAAGAUCAAUGCUCAGAAUCUCGAGGUCAAACUUGACGGGAAUGGGGUCAUUCUUGCUGAAAGUGGUUAA